AUGAAAGCAAUUGUAGUCGAUAAGACCGGUGGUCCCGAGGCCUUGCAAUUCAAGGACUCUCCCAAGCCCAAGGCUGAAGCUGGUCAAAUUCUUGUCAAGAACCAUGCAAUUGGAGUCAACUAUAUCGAUACCUAUCAUCGCAAAGGCAUCUAUCCAAUGCCUACUCCCUUCAUUCCCGGAGCCGAAGGUGCAGGUGAAGUCGUCGAGGUCGGCCCUGACGUGACGGACUUCAAAGUCGGUGACCGCGUUGCUUACACCGGCAGUAAAUCCUAUGCUGAAUUCACUCCCGUUCCAGUCUUGAGUGCUGGAAAAAUCCCUGACAACGUCUCUUACAGUGAUGCAUCAGCAUUGCUUUUGCAAGGUCUUACUGCUUGGACCAUGGUAAGAGAUGGAUAUCCGGUUAAGAAAGGAGACUACGUUCUAGUACACGCUGCUGCUGGCGGAGUCGGUUUAUUGUUGUGCCAGAUGGCCAACUUGUUGGGAGCUACUGUCAUUGGUACUGUCAGCAACGAUGAAAAGGCAAAACUUGCAAAGCAGAAUGGUGCCCACCAUAUUAUCAACUACAGUCACGAAGAUACUGUCGCUCGUGUGCAGGAACUCACUAACGGGCAGGGCUGUCAUGCUGUCCUUGAUGGUGUUGGUGCUUCUACUUUUGAAACAUCGUUGAAGUCCGUUCGUCGUUUGGGUACUUUGAUCAGUUUUGGAAAUGCAUCGGGUGUUGUUCCUCCAAUCAGUAUCGCUAUUCUUGGAGAAAAGAGCAUCAAGCUUAUGAGACCUAGAUUGUAUGCUUAUAUCGCUACUAAGGAAGAAAAAGAUAAAUGGUGGGGUGAGCUGUUCCAGCUCUUGGCCGACAAGAAGCUGAACAUCCAGAUCUAUAAGACCUACAAGUUGGAGGAUGCAAAGACUGCUCAUACUGACAUUGAGAGCAGAAAGACUGUCGGCAAGUUGUUGUUGGAGUUGUAA